AUGGCGCCCCUGGCGACGGUGCUCGGCAUGAUGCUGGACGAAGUGUUCAUGUCGAAGCCGGAGCUGCAGCUGCACAUGAAGGCUCACAUGCAGGAAACAAAACCCUACAAGUGCGCGCUCUGUCACAAGGCGUUCGCCAACUCGUCCUACCUGUCACAGCACAACCGCAUCCACGCUGGCAUCAAGCCCUACAGCUGCCAAGACACGUACCUGGAGAAACACAUGCACAAGCACCUCACCGACGACAAGAACCAAGGUGGCGCCACCGGGCCGCCGCAUGGCACCACAGACAAGCAGCUGACGGCCUUCAACGCUCUCAAGGCGUCGCAGAAAUCGUCGUCGUCGUCGUCGAUUGCCGACGUCGUUGGCUACGACUGCUGGGGCGCGUCGCCCGCGAAACGCGUCGGCGUCGGCGGUCUCGACGCGCUGCAGGCGCCCCCUAUGUCGGCCGCGUUCGCGUCUUCGGCGAUGGCGCCCCCUGACGGACACAACCCGUACUCGUGGAACGUGCCAAUUAAGAUGGAGACGCUGACGGACGACGCCGGCGGCCAGGUGGCUCUGCCUCCGAUCUCCCUCCCGCAGAACAGCAUCGCCGGCGGAUACCCAACGAAAUACGGAGGCGGCGGCGGCGGCGGCGGCAGCAUCGUUCAGCAUCACCAUGGCGACAAGCGACAGACGCCGUACUCCGUCCGCGGCGUCGGCGGCAAGUCGUCGUCGUCGGCGUUCACGCCCGUCGGCCACGCCGGAAACGUCGCCACGGCCGCGGCAGACCCGCUCGCGUCUCAGCAUCCCCCAGCGCCCGUCUCCCGUCCGUCGUUCUUCCCGUUCGACUCGUUCUAUCCGAAGGUGCACCAUCAGUCGGAGCCGCUCUACGAGCACAUGUACCAGAACGGACUCGCCGGGUCUGGCUACGCAAUGAACUACUACGUACCGACGCACGGAGCGUACACGCCGACGGACGGGUUCCGCGAGAAGGAGGCGCACGAGUACUCCGACUGA